AUGCUCGAAGCCAGACUCGCACAAGCCGCCGUCUUGAAGAAGACCCUCGACGCGAUCAAGGAGCUCGUCACCGAUGCCAACUUUGACUGCAGCGACGGCGGAAUCUCCCUGCAGGCAAUGGACAACUCCCACGUCGCCCUCGUCUCCCUCCUCCUCCGUGCCGACGGUUUCGAGCCCUACCGUUGCGACCGUAACCUCGCCCUCGGUAUCAACCUCAACUCCCUCUCCAAGGUCCUCCGCUCUGCGCAGAACGAGGACAUUAUCACCCUCAAGGCUGCGGAUGACCCGGAUAACUUGUCCUUGACUUUCGAGUCUCAGAACCAGGACAGGAUCUCUGAGUAUGAGAUGAAGUUGAUGGAUAUCGACCAGGAGCACUUGGGUAUCCCCGAGACUGCAUACGCUGCUGUCAUCACUAUGCCAGCUGCCGAGUUCCAGCGUAUCUGCCGUGAUCUCUCUGGUAUCUCUGAGUCCGUUACCAUCGAUGCCUCCAAAGACGGUGUCAAGUUUGCUUCCGCUGGUGACAUCGGAAACGGUUCCGUCACCUUGAAGCAGACCCACAACCCUGAAGAGCCCGCGCUCUCUACCUCCAUUGAGUUGAGCGAGUCCGUUACUCUUACCUUCUCCCUCAAAUACUUGGUCAACUUCACUAAGGCUACCCCUCUGGCGGGCGCUGUUACCUUGCAGAUGUCCAAUGAUGUACCACUUUUGGUUGAGUACAAGAUGGAGGGUGGUUAUUUGAGGUACUACCUCGCUCCUAAGAUCCAGGACGACGAGGAGUAG